AACGAUCAACGGCAUCAAAAGGAGACGAGACAACCAGUGGACACUGGGAGGAGGACGAGGCGGUGGAUAUCGCCAUGGCCGCGCUUGCCGCCCAACACCACCGUGUCUUCUCCUCCACCCCCUCCACGACCCCAAGAACUUAUCUCCUGCACCACCUCCCUACCCCAUCCUCCUCGUCGCGUCGUCCCCAUGGCGGCCCCAGAGGCGCCCGCCUUCUUCGGCGCGCCUCCGGGGACAGCAGCGCGGUCCCUGCUGCCAGCUCGUCGCUGGAGGAGCUGUCCCGGAGCUGCACCACCUGGUCAUGGAGAGGCAUGAGCGUGAACUACCUGGUCAGGGGGGAAGGCCCGCCCGUGCUGCUCGUCCACGGCUUUGGCGCCUCCGUCGCGCACUGGCGCAGGAAUAUUGAUGUGUUAUCUGAAUCAAACACCGUUUAUGCAAUUGAUUUGCUCGGGUUUGGGGCGUCAGACAAGCCCCCUGGAUUCUCUUACACGAUGGAAACAUGGGCUGAGUUGAUCCUUAAGUUCUUGGACGAGGUCGUCAAGAGCCCUACUGUGCUUGUUGGCAACUCUGUGGGAAGCCUCGCAUGUGUCAUUGCUGCGUCAGACUCUAGCAGAGAUCUUGUCCGGGGUCUUGUUCUACUGAACUGCUCAGGUGGCAUGAACAACAAAGCAAUCGUUGACGACUGGAGGAUUAAGUUGCUCUUGCCUCUGCUUUGGUUAAUUGACUUCCUGCUGAAACAAAAGGGAAUAGCAUCCGCCCUCUUCGAGCGUGUAAAGGACAGGAAAAAUCUGAAAGACAUCUUGCUAUCGGUUUAUGGUAACAAAGACGCAGUGGAUGAUGAAUUAGUCGAGAUCAUAAGAGGGCCGGCUGACACCGAAGGGGCUCUGGACGCGUUCGUGUCGACGGUGACGGGCCCGCCAGGCCCUAGCCCGAUAGCCCUGAUGCCCAAGAUCAGGAUCCCGGUGUUGGUCCUGUGGGGAGACCAGGAUCCUUUCACCCCGAUCGACGGGCCUGUGGGGAAGUACUUCUCCGGCCUCCCGUCGGAGCUUCCCAACGUGAGGCUACACAUGCUGGAGGGAGUCGGGCACUGCCCGCAUGACGACCGGCCGGACCUCGUGCACCAGAAGCUGCUUCCUUGGCUGGAAGAGCUCCCCUCUGCGACCGAGCCUGAGGUGGCGCUAACUUAAUUAGUGAGCUAACAAUCAGCCGAAGGAAUUCGUCUUUCACUUCACCGUAGUGAACUGAGUCGUUUUGUUAAUACAGAAGAUUCCAUAUCAUCGGAGAAAAAAAAGCCAUACCAUCUCUCGGUGUGGAAAUGCCCCAGUUAUGUACAGUAAAAAUUACUGAAUUUUGUUUCUUUUGGCGAGAAAAAUACUGAAGUUUGUGUUUCUUAAAAAAGAUUGAGUAUAAAUUCAGUCUUGAUGGCUCAAAAA